CGUAUAAAAGGGCUCCCCAAUGGCCAGCUCCUCAGAUCCUUGGCCUCUCCCUGUCUUGCUCCUGUCAGCAAAGAAGAUUUUACAAAGCUACAAGAAGAUGUGUGACCAGCAGAAGCAGCCACAUUUCCCCCCAUCUUGUGUGAAAGGUUCAGGAUUGGGAGCUGUGCAGAGUACCAAAUGUACCUCUGUGAAAUGCCCAGCUCCAUCCCAGACUCAAACCUGUGUGAAAUGCCCUACUCCAUGCCCAACUCAAACCUAUGUGAAAUGUGUAACUCCUUGCCAGACCCAAACCUAUGUGAAAUGCCCUACUCCAUGCCCAACUCAAACCUAUGUGAAAUGCCAAGUGCCGUGCCAGACUCAAACCUACGUGAAAUAUGCAACUCCUUGCCAGAUGUAUGUGAAAUACCCAGCUCCAUCACAGACAACUUAUGUGAAAUGCCCACCUCCUUGUCAGACAUAUGUGAAGUGCCCAGCUCCGUGCCAGACAACCUAUGUAAAGUGCCCAGCCCCCUGCCAGACCCAGACAUACUAUGGCCAGGGCCGUUCUCCCAGCCAGACCUACUACAUUCAGCCUACUGCAAGUAGAUCGACCACCUCAUGCUGUGUACCUGAUCCAUGCUCUGCACCCUGUUCCACCAGCUACUGCUCCCUGGCUCCCCGGACCUUCGGGGUGAGUCCCCUGAGACGCUGGGUCCAACGACCCCAAGACUGCAACUCAGGAUCAUCUAGCUGCUGUGAAGAUUCUGGGUGCUGCAGCUCAGGAUGCUGCAGCUGUGGGGGCUGUGGCUCUGGGUGCUGCUGUUUGGGAAUUAUCCCCAUGAGGUCCCGAGGUCCUGCAUGCUGUGAUUGUGAGGAUGACUACUGCUGUUAAAUACAGAACAGCCCUGCUCUACCUUCUGGAACAUCCACCAGCCUCUGGCCCCCUCCCUGUAUUCCCAGUGAUGUAGAAUCCCUUUGCUUCACUGUGUACUUUGCUUCUCUAUGAAGGCAGCCUGCCAGAGUUAGCGCGCUCCCCAGACUUUGGCAAGAAUAAAGCUCUGAAUGCAAUUCAUA